AUGGAAGUGUCGAGGUACGAUGUUCAGGCGAUCUAUUAUAAGAACUCAUCGUAUCUUUCUUCCCUUACCUUAAAGAACUUUUUCUUGAAGGCUUCGCUGGGUAAUGUGUUGACACCAACUCAAGUAAAAAGUCCUCCUAAGCUCACUUGGGACACCGAACCAGGAGCGCUAUACACGGUUAUCCUUACUGACCCUGAUGCGCCCUCACGAAAAGAGGCCACUUAUCGUGAGUGGCAUCAUUGGUUGAUCAUCAAUGUGCCUGGAAAUGAUAUUGGCAAAGGCGAUGUCCUUUCUGAAUACAUUGGUGCUGGGCCACCAAAGGGGACUGGUCUUCACCGUUACAUUUUCCUUGUAUACAAACAACCUGGUCACAUCACUGACUCUGAACAUGGACAUCUAACAAACCGCUCUGGUGAAGGAAGAGGUGGAUUUAAGACUGCAAAAUUUGUUGAAAAGCACAAACUUGGGAAUCCUAUAGCAGGGAACUUCUUCCAGGCUGAAUGGGACGACUAUGUGCCAACCCUCUACAAACAACUAGGAGGAUAA